AUGCGUAAGAAGAGGUUCCUGUUGCUGUACGGGACGCAGAAGGGACAGGCGCAGGCUAUCGCCGAGGAAAUCGCCCAGCAGGCCGAGCAGCAUGGCUUCCUCGCCAAUGUCUUCUCCUUACAAGACCUGGAGAAGUUCUGCCUGGAGGAGGAGAGAGAUCCUGUAGUCAUCGUGAUCUCCACUACGGGAAGCGGAGAACCCCCGGAACCCGCAGCAAAAUUUGUGAGAGAAAUCCAAUACAAAGAACUCCCGGCGGACUACUUGGCCCAGCUGCGAUAUGGAUUAUUGGCUCUCGGAGACUCUGAAUUUACCUUCUUUUGCAACGGUGGAAAAAUUGUGGACAGAAGACUCCAAGAACUUGGCGCAAAACACUUCUACGACACCGGAUAUGCCGAUGAUUCUACUGGCCUGGAGCAGGUGGUGGACCCGUGGAUAGAAGGACUGUGGGCCGCGCUCAAUGAAGAAUUCGCAAAGAGGUCGGGCGACCCGGAGAAGAUGGAGGAGACGAAGAGCGCGGGCGACCCGGAGGAGACGAAGAGCGCGGUCGGCGAUCAGAAUGCGCAAAACGUCCCGGAAAAUCUGGACCUGCAGAUGAAAGCCAUAAACCUGGACUCCUCGCCGACGCCAAGCACUGCGCCUGCGAAAGGUGAUGCGUCAGAUGCGUCCGCGGAAGCUGCGCCGUCCCUCCUCCGCUCGGUCCCCCCUCUCUGCCAGUGCAGCCUCACCGUGCCCAGCCUGCCCGUCCCGUACCUGGAAGUACAGAUUCUAGACUGCGAUGGAAAGGAAGCCGACCCCUCCUCGUGUUAUCCGGGAGAAACCGUUUUCAGAGUCCCCAUCACUCGGGCGAGGCGUCUGACGGCAGAAGGCGCGGUGAAGACGGCGGUGAUGCUGGAGCUGGACGUAGCGCACACGGAUAUGGAACUCCAGCCUGGAGACGCCUUCUGCGUUAUUUGCCCGAAUCCCCCCGAGGAGGUGAGCGAGGUCCUCGAUAGACUGGGAUUGGCUGGGAGGAGGAGAGGUCAGCUGUGCUUGGCUGUCAGACCCGGAACAAAGAAAAGAGGAGCCUGCGUUCCGGAUUAUAUUCCGGGGAAAUGUUCCGUGGAGUUCAUGCUGACGUGGUGCCUCGAAAUCAGAGCGACCCCCAAGAAGGCCAUGAUCCGAGCUUUGGUGGAGCACACGUCUGACGCCGGGGAGCGGAGGAGGCUCCAAGAACUGUGCAGCAAGCAAGGUGGAUCGGAUUAUAACCGCUUCGUCCGGGAUCCCUCACUCGGCGUCCUGGACCUCCUCAACGCCUUUCCAAGCUGCAGGCCUCCCGCAGCAUUACUGAUAGAACAUCUUCCGAAACUUCAGGCCCGAUCGUACUCCGCCGCCAGCUCCAGCUUAUUUCAUCCUGGAAAGCUGCAUUUUGUUUUCAACAUCGUGGAGUUUGCACCUCGUGGAGGAGGAGCGGCUCCCAGGAGAGGAGUGUUUGUACCGGCUGGCUCGCUAAACUGUCUACAGUGCAGCCUUCCAGCGAGGAACCUGCCACCCCUCAGAUCUCCAUUUUCAGCCGGCCGUCCUCCACUUUCCAUUUGCCCUCGGACUCCUCUGUCCCCAUUGUGAUGGUGGGUCCAGGGACCGGAGUCGCACCGUUCAUUGGAUUUUUGCAGCACAGAGAGAAGCUUCGGCAGCAGAGCGGGGGCGGGGCCAUCGGAGAGUCCUGGCUGUUCUUCGGUUGUCGCAGCCAUGAGAAGGAUUAUCUGUUCCGGGAGGAUCUGAGCCGUUUUGUUGAGAAUGACACCCUGACGCACCUGAAGGUCAGCUUCUCCAGGGAGGGGCCCGGCGGGACGGAGGAGAAUCACCCAAAAUACGUUCAGGACUAUCUCAGGAUUUAUUCUAAAGAAAUCGUUCGAUUAUUGACCGAAUCCAGUGGAGCCCUCUAUGUGUGCGGGGAUGCGAAAACAUGGCCCGAGACGUCAGCGACACGCUAACAGACAUGAUGGGGGCGGAGCUUCACGUGGACAAACUGGAGGCCAUGAAGAUCCUGGCCUCCCUAAGGGACGAGAAGCGAUACGUACAGGACGUGUGGAGCUGA